AUGGCCCAUAACAAGCAGCAACCUACACCGAUGGACGAACUCUGGCGCAAAGCUGAGGCUAGAUUCCAGCAACUGACGGGGUCAUCACUACACAUGAAGCCUGCGGCUACAUUGAAUGCAUGUAUCGAAAAGAUCGACAAGAUGGGUGGCACAGACGACGCAAGCGGCCAAGACGACGAUCAAGGUCUCCAGAAAGCGAAAGAGCUUGGUAUCGACACCUUGUACUACAUCAAGCUUCUUGGGGGCGUCGCUGCGCAGGCUGCCAGUAAUGUUUUCGCGCCGUCGAGUAUGUGCUUCAAUGCGCUAGCCAUUCUCCUGGAUAUUCCCGGAAAUGUCCACAAAUUCCACCAAGCAAUUGCUGGGAUGUUUGAAACGCUGGGUCCUAGCUUGAGUGCUUUCAGGGUUUAUGAAAGGAUAGAAAACUUCAAAGACGUCGAGCCUGAGCUCAACCGAGCCGUACACGACCUCAUGAUCAGCUUCGUUGACAUCUGCGCCUUAUCCGUUCAGCUUCGCAAUGGAUCUAAAUGGCGCAAAUUCUGGAAGGAUGCCAAGGCUGCGCUUCUGGACAAAGAUUCGGGCGUUGCGGGUGAGAUUGAAAACUUCAAGAGGCUGACCCAGGCCCACGCGACGGUUCAAGCAACGCAGACACUCAAGGUGGUGCUGGAAAGCGACAGCCAUCUCAAGACCAUUCUAUACCAGAAUGCAGAAAUAGGCCGCAAGACCGACAUAAUAGUUAGCGAUGUUGCCGUUUUGAGGGCUUCAAAUGAUAAGCGGACAUUCGAAGAUAACAAGCAGAAAUAUCUCAAGGUCAUUAAGGAAAAGAUUGGAUGGGAUGAAGUGGCAACGAAGCAAUCUGAAACUACCUGUGAAAGACUGCUAAAGGAUACCAUGUCAGGAACAGGCAAUUGGUUCAAGAACAAACAAGACUAUGCGGAGUUCCAUACUUGGGCUGAAAGGAACAGUCAGGACUCCAAACCAAUCUUCCUUGUGGUUGGUCCCCAAAAUACGGGGAAAUCUAUCAUCAUGUCCAACAUGCGACGCCAUCUUCAGUUAACGUACACGUCUCCUGCAAGGCUCUCGCCACGAACACUGAUUGCGUCAUACUUUUUCCCCUCUGUGGCGGAAAGAAGAGAAGAAAACCCGGCGAAAACAGCACUCAAAUCUCUCGCCGUACAGCUUGCAGAGCGCGAUAACGCAUUCGCAAAGGCUUUGUCCCAAAGAUGCGAAAAGGAAACUGAUAUAGACGCUAGAAUCAGAGACGGUUCGUGCCAAGACCUUUGGGACUUUCUCGAAAUAGCAGAGCCCAAAGGAAACACCGUUCAUUAUAUCGUGAUGGACGGACUUGUCUCCUUACAAAAGGAAAAGGCCGACCACUUCACUCAGAUUUGGGACAUUCUGGAGUCAGUAGGCCCAUCCAAAUCAUCUUUAAGGAUAUUGAUCUCGGUGAGACCGGAUAUGAUAUCUACAGAGAUGUCGCGGAUUUCUACCAACGUGGACAUAGUGCGAGCCAAUGCGGCAGACGUGCGCGAAUACGUUACCCAGCAGCUGCGCAAGAACGAUAUCUUCCAGGACGACGAUGACGACAAGCGAAGACAAGAAACCGAGAAAAGGCUUACAGCAAAGGUGGGCGGGGAUUUCAACAAGAUAAACACUGUCAUAGAACAAAUCAAUGCCGUCUUCGAUUCCAACGGUCCAGAUACCGAGGUCGAUCGAAUACUCGACGAUUCUAACGAUGAGAAAGCUACCUCACUGAGUGUCAUUAACAAACUCGAAUCCAAGUUGAACAUUGGAGAGAUCAAAGAACUACAGGAAUUACUGAGAUGGAUUAUAUAUGGCGAGUACACAUUCUGGUCGCUAGAUGAGCUAAAUGGUGCACUUUUUCUCAAAUUUGGAACAAAAUCAAUCGUCCGACUGCAAAGAAAAGUAGAGGAAGGGGGAAAAUAUUCCAGCAUAUUGGCCUUUGAUGAAGACAAAGAAGUUAGCGUCGAUGAGGGCAUUGCAAAUCUGCUACAACGGAAAGACAGGCAGUUCGGAGCCACAGACAACGCACCUCAGAUCACCGCCAAGAUAGAGAUCACCAAGGGAGAUAUGAAGAGCAUACAAUCAUUCUGUUGGGAUCUCUCCAAGAAAGUGGCCCAGAUCAGCUUCGACUUCGACAAGGCUGUAGAAGCAGGCAAUGUUAGAGAAAGCCUUCAAGUAAACAAGAUCGACUCACUUAUUUCGAUACUGAGAGCCUCUUUCAAAAUUCUUGGAAACACCCCAGACAAGAAAACACAGGGCCUUGGUUCAUACGUCCUUGCCUAUCUACCUCAACAUCUGGAAGCCCUUGAAGACACAAACACGCUUGACGCGCAGGAAAUAAGAGACAUCGGAGAAGGCCUUUAUGCUGUCUUUGAGUCCGGCGACGUAGUGAAGCGCCACUGGGAUGUGGUUGACUGGGUAAUUUGGUAUAGAGAUGCGGCUGAAGUCACAAUAAUGCGACGAUGGCUCUGCAACCCUAACAUAAGGAGCAAACUCGGCACAAAGGAUCGCAAAUGGCUGGAGGAAGUCGAAAAAGAUUCAAACCCGAAUCAAGCUCUAUUGAGACCCAUUAUGGAAAUGGUGGCUCGUCGUUGGCUACAAGACACAGAGUGGCCAGUAGAAAGGCUGUUUGAGUGGCUUCGCGGAUAUCUGACGAUGCCAAGUUCCGAUGCUCCUGCUUCGGUGAAACAAGGUGAAGGACAAACGGUCCCCAAUACGGAGAACGUCGACUCUCCAAGCCAGGAAAUAAACAUUGGCAGGGUUGCAAGCUGGUGUAAGGAUGUAUUACAAGUGAGAAAUGAGGACUCGACCUGGUUCCAACGCCUCGGGGAGACUUUCAGUUCCCAGAGCCAAUUUGACGAGGCUAUCAAAGCAUUCCAGAAAGCUAUCGAGUUGAAGGACCCUGACCCGAAGCUAUUGCACAAACUAGCGAGAGCGUAUGCCGACGAUGAGCAGCACCAGGAAGCCUGCCAAGUCCUUUAUCAAGCAAUAGAGUUAUUUGAGAAAGAGACAGAACUGAAGAAGGCUGAUCUCAGCAGCGUAUAUGUUGAUUUGGGGCUUUGGCUUAGCGAGCUUGAUGAUCCGUCUGAAGCUAUCACCGCAACAAAGAAGGCUGUCGAUAUCGAACCGGAGAACCAUGAGGCUCAGUUCCGUCUUUUGGAAAUUUAUUUGGUCAACGAUCGCGUUGAAGAGGCCUUCAACUUCGCCCAUGGUAUUUUUCAAACCUCAGGCACGAAUCAGUCCGGCGUCCUUAGUCAAGUCCUUGAGCGAAUGCUGCAGCCUGGCGUGGAAGACUCACUGUUCCUGAGGCUCUGCUCGAUACUUCAGAGCCAGCAAACCGUGCUGACUCGUAUCAUCAAUGAGAUCUCUUCGAUAGCUGAGAGACUUACAGAAGACGAUGACUAUGCCCGAAUGGCCUCACACUUUUACAAGGGCUUGGCCGCAUACUACUUCUGCGCCAACAACAAACCGAUUCUACGCAUUACGGCUCUUCGUUCUUGGCAGCAGUGCUUGGACCUUGCCCAAGAAAUCCGGCAGACGAUGUCACACCCUCCACAGUUGGCAGCUCUGGCAGCUCGGCUGAUAAGCGCUCACCAUUUCGAACAAAGCAGAAAUCCUGAAGAGUCCACCAACCUGCGGGCCCAUUUUGAUCGAAUGGCAGCAAUGACUUCUUUCGCGACUCCUAGCCCCUUUAUGCCAUCAGCAGCUAGGGUACACAUUGCUGCUUACCAUCUCAUCAAGAAUGAUGCACAGAGUGCUCGAGCAUCACUGCGCGCUUGUAUGGACUCAGCGUUUGACAUACUAUCCGACCAGGACAAAGAUAAUGAUUCUCUUGGCUACAUAUAUCUCGCUACAUCACUGCUUCACUGUGGCGAAGACGUGGAUGCUCUCUCAGCUUUAAGUCAACGUGUACCUUACCCAGACAAGGGGAACGUCAUGUCAUGGUUACUUGAAUUUGACGGAGAGGACGAUGACGACUUGGUGCGAAGCUUGACCUCAAGUCUUAUUGCCACCAUGGAGAAAGAGUGCAGUGAACGGGUCGCUCUUAAACCGGAUCAGAUCGAUUAUGUUCUCCAUGAAAUCGAGAAGCGCCUAUCUGAAGACACUCGCCAGCACGACUGGAUCGAAACAGACCAUCAAGCGCAGACUAGCUUCGAAGCCUCCAACUCGAAUGUACCUAGUGGCAUAGAGAACCUAUUGCCGGAACGCUCAGAGCCAGCUUCAGAACUGAGCAAAGCAUAUGCAAAAAUCAAAGCGCGCUUGGAGUACUGGUCCGAUUCCAUAACUUACAUCCCCACGUAUAGUUUUUGCGAUGGGUGCGGUGCUGCUUGGAACUUCGAAAAUUCUAUGCAAGCCUGUAAGUUCUGUUACGAUGUUUCAUUUUGCCAGAGUUGUUUCCGCAUCCUCCAGGAGGGCGAGCCGCGGCGCCCGCAGACUGUCGCUGCUCUUGCGUGA